AUGCUUGGUGCUUUUACCAAUGAGCUCGAUAAGCUCGCGCCAUCAUUCGAAAUUCAAGGUUCCCAAAUACAAAUAAUACGUUCUCCAGCCGAAUUCUACGAUACUCUAAAGGUCGGAUAAACAUGUCUGAAAAUAAAAUUGGAAGGAGAGCAGAUUUGCUGAUGACAUUCAUGGAAAGGAAUAGACCAAGAUACUGUCAGCAGAAAAACGGAUUUUCCUAAGCACUUUGUAUAUAGGCAAAACAGAACAUGAACUUGUAAUACCAAUUCCAAAAUACUUGAGUGACCAAAUGUUGAUUCCCUUGUUCAGAUUUCCACACUUCAACAAGCUCUGAGAGCAAAGCCGGAUUUGAAAAUUAGCAUUUUGACGGAUGCUCUAAGAGGAACGAGGGAAUCGCCCAAUGCUUCUUGUGCUUCUUUGUUGGCGCCUUUGGUGUCGGAAUUUGGAUGGGAAAGGGUGGAGAUUCGGAUGUACCAUACACCCAAUUUGACGGGAUUGAGGAAGAAGUAUAUCCCCAAGAGGAUUAAUGAGGGAUGGGGAUUGCAGCAUAUGAAACUUUAUGGAAUGGAUGAUGAGAUUAUCAUUUCAGGGUAAUCAAUUACCUCCCCAAAGAGAAUGAGAACUUCAAGAACUGAUGAUAUAUUUUAGAGCAAACUUGUCAGAAGACUACUUCACAAAUCGACAGGAUAGAUAUCAAGUCUUCUCAUCCAAAGAAAUCACCCAAUACUUCUCCACCAUACACGACACAGUUUCCAAACUCAGUUUCCUCGUAACACCAGACAAACAAAACCCCUCAGGCUACACCCUAGAAUGGCCAUCUUCAAACCUCGCACCCUCCCCUCUCCUCUCACCUGAGAAAUACAUCAACAGCGCCACAAAAUCCCUAACACCCCUCCUUCUCCCUCUCCCAAAAAGUCCCACCAGUACACAAUCAACAAAUACAAAAGUCUACCCCCUAGCCCAAUUUACACCCCUUCUCCAACCCGACACCUCCACUGAGCUCCCCCUCAUAAGAUCCCUUCUGAAAACCCUUUCAUUGCCCACCUUCAAGGAAAGCAGUUGGACCUUCACAGCGGGAUAUUUCAAUCCUUCACCACUACUCAGUAACCUCCUCCUCUCAACUUCCUCCGACAAGAACGUCGUGAUCACAGCUUCUCCAUGGGCAAACGGAUUCUACGGUUCAAAAGGCGUUUCUGGUCUCUUGCCAGCAGCUUAUACCCUGCUCUCUAGACGCUUUCUCGAAUCUGCAGCGAAACAUACACCCUCCCGAUCCCAAGCUAUAACUCUGAAAGAGUGGCGACGGGGAACGGUGGGUGAGGAGGGGGGGUGGACGUAUCAUGCCAAAGGGCUGUGGAUUUCUCUUCCUUCGUCCCCUGAGCCGAGUAUCACUAUAGUUGGGUCAUCGAAUUACACGAAGAGAUCUUAUGGAUUGGAUCUUGAGGUUGGGACUUGUAUUGUUACUUCUGACCCUGGAUUGAAGGGGAGACUGAGAGAGGAGAGAGAUGGGCUUCAGGAGUUUGCUAGCGAGAUGAAAAUGGAUGAUUUUACGAGACCUGAGAGACGGGUGGGAAUUAAGGUUAGGGUUGCGAUGUGGAUUGUCAAGAUGGUAGGAGGAGCAUUGUGA